UGCAGCAGGGUGCCCCUCCAUAGAUUUCUAGCACCUUGACGGUUGAAAUAAAUUUUCUUCUCGGCGCAAACUUCCCCUACCUCUUAUAUUCUUGACAUACCCAACUCACCUACUGUUUGGUUGUAACUUCGUUCUUUGUUUCUUUCUAGUCUUGCUUCCCCAGCAGUUUAUCAGCCCUUUCACCAGAUUACCAGAGCAAUUCACAGUAACCGCAAACAUGGCCGAGGCUACUUACGCAUUGUCGGCUACUCAUAAGGAGAUGCUUGAGAAGUCUCUUCUCGACUCCGACCCUGAGGUCGCUGAGAUCAUGAAACACGAGAUCCAGCGUCAGCGCGAGUCCAUCAUCCUUAUCGCCUCCGAGAAUGUUACGUCUCGGGCUGUCUUCGAUGCCCUUGGUUCGCCUAUGUCGAACAAGUACUCCGAGGGCUACCCAGGCAAGCGCUACUACGGUGGCAACCAGCACAUUGACGAGAUUGAGCUCCUCUGCCAGCGCCGUGCUCUUGCUGCCUUCAACGUCACUGAGGACAAGUGGGGUGUCAACGUUCAGUGCUUGAGUGGCAGCCCUGCCAACCUUCAGGUUUACCAGGCCAUUAUGCCUCCCCAUGGCAGGCUCAUGGGUCUGGACCUCCCUCACGGUGGCCACUUGAGCCACGGCUACCAGACCCCCCAGCGAAAGAUUUCGGCUGUUUCGACCUACUUCGAGACCAUGCCCUACCGUGUUGACCUUGAGACUGGCAUCAUUGACUACGACCAGCUCGAGAAGAACGUGGUCCUGUACAGGCCCAAGAUUUUGGUGGCCGGUACCUCUGCCUACUGCCGCCUGAUCGAUUACGCGCGGAUGCGCAAGAUCGCUGAUCUCGUUGGCGCUUACUUGGUCGUCGACAUUGCUCACAUUUCUGGCCUCGUCGCUUCGGGUGUGAUCCCCUCCCCGUUCCUCCACGCCGAUGUUGUUACUACCACUACCCACAAGUCUCUCCGUGGUCCUCGUGGCGCGAUGAUCUUCUUCCGCAGGGGUGUUCGUUCCGUCGACCCCAAGACUGGCAAGGAGACCAUGUACGACCUCGAGGAGCCCAUCAACUUCUCGGUCUUCCCCGGUCACCAGGGUGGUCCCCACAACCACACCAUCACUGCUCUGGCUGUCGCCCUCAAGCAGGCAUCCACGCCCGAGUUCAAGGCCUACCAGCAGCAGGUUGUCGACAACGCCAAGGCGUUGGAGAACAGCUUCAAGGAGCUUGGCCACAAGCUCGUCUCGGACGGCACCGACUCCCACAUGGUCCUGGUUGACCUGCGUGCCCACUCCCUGGAUGGUGCUCGUGUUGAGGCUGUACUUGAGCAGAUCAACAUCGCCUGCAACAAGAACAGCAUUCCUGGCGACAAGAGCGCUCUUACCCCGUGCGGUAUCCGUAUCGGUACCCCUGCCAUGACCAGCCGUGGCUUUGGUGUCGAGCACUUCCAGCGCGUCGCCAAAUACAUUGACGAGAGCAUCAAGAUUUGCAAGGACGUCCAGGCUGCUCUGCCCAAGGAGGCCAACAAGCUCAAGGACUUCAAGGCCAAGGUUGCUUCGGGCGAGGUUUCCAGGAUCAACGAGCUCAAGAAGGAGAUUGCGUCCUGGUGCCAAACCUUCCCUCUCCCUGUUGAGGGCUGGCGCACCGACGCCGGUAUUUAAAUGCUGGCAUAUUGAUUUAAUACCAUGGUGGGCAUUCAACAGCAUUGAAUUUGGGCAUAUAUUGGCGUUGUGUAGAUUCAACCUACCACAUGGUCCUUUCGACAUCAGGAAUGAUGGAGGCAGUGCUUUGUCGUCAUAUAAGUCAGCUGGUGUGGUUUACCUCUUUUCUUUUCUUUUAUUUCUGCUUUACUUAUGGUAUCGGUCCAGGGAAAAUAUGGGUUUAAAAUGGGAGCAAAAAAAUUUCUGCAUGGGCAAGGCGUUGCAAUCUGUUCAACUUAGGGCAACUGGGUAUAGUGCGGGAGUUUGGCAUCGUGAUAACUGCUUCAACGCAGUUCUGGGCGAAAAAUAGUCACUUUCGGCUUAUACAGCCACUUUUCCAAUUUUCAAAUAAAAAAUAAGGCACAGCCACGGCUGUGCUCUCUUAAUGACCUGGGUGCGAUA